AUGGCCACCCAUGCAGCUCUGGCUUCUUCAAGAAUCCCAACUAGGGCAAGGGUUCCCUCUAAGACCUCCCAUUCUUUCCCCACUCAGGGCUCCUCUAAGUGUUACAGAUUGGAAGUAGCUGAGUUCUCUGGGCUUCGAUCCAGUUCAUGUGUGACUGUCGCCAAUAAUGCUAGGGACACAUCCUUCUUUGAUGCAGUUGCUGCACAACUUACUCCCGUGACUGCAGGAUCAACUCCUGCUAAGGGAGAAACAGUGGCCAAGUUGAAGGUAGCAAUCAAUGGUUUUGGACGAAUUGGCAGGAACUUCCUCCGAUGUUGGCAUAGUCGCAAGGACUCACCACUUGAAGUUGUCGUCGUCAAUGACAGUGGAGGUGUAGAAGGAUUACAGCCUUCUCACUUGCUGAAGUAUGAUUCCAUGCUGGGCACUUUCAAGGCAGAAGUCAAAGUAGUAGACAAUAAGACUAUCAGUGUUGAUGGCAAGCCCAUCAAGGUUGUCUCUAAUAGGGAUCCUCUAAAGCUUCCAUGGGCCGACCUUGGCAUUGACAUUUUUAUUGAGGGAACAGGUGUGUUUGUGGAUGGGCCAGGUGCUGGGAAGCACACCCAGGCUGGCGCCAAGAAAGUCAUCUUCACUGCUCCAGCAAAAGGUGCUGAUAGCAAUGCCUCCUGUACCACAAAUUGUUUGGCUCCUUUUGUGAAGGUCAUAGAUGAGGAGUUUGGUAUUGUCAAGGGAACAAUGACAGCCACUCAUUCGUACACUGGGGACCGGGCUGGCGCCAAGAAAGUCAUCAUCACUGCUCCAGCAAAAGGUGCUGAUAUUCCAACCUAUGUUGUAGGUGUAAAUGCACAGGAUUACGAUCAUCAAGUUUCUAACAUUGUAAGGCUGGCGCCAAGAAAGUCAUCUUCACUGCUCCAGCAAAAGGUGCUGAUAGGUGUAAAUGCACAGGAUUACGAUCAUGAAGUUUCUAACAUUGUAAGCAAUGCCUCCUGUACCACAAAUUGUUUGGCUCCUUUUGUGAAGAGGCUUUUAGAUGCUUCACACCUGGACUUGAGGCGAGCAAGAGCUGCAACAUUGAACAUAGUCCCAACAAGCACAGGUGCAGCCAAGGAUGUGUCUCUGGUGCUACCACAACUAAAGGGCAAACUCAAUGGCAUUGCCCUCCAAGUGCCCACACCCAACGUAUCUGUUGUUGAUCUUGUUGUGAACGUUGAGAAGAAAGGAAUAACAGCUGAAGAUGUGAAUACAGCCUUUAGAAAGGCAGCUGAAGGACCUUUGAAAGGCAUAUUGGACGUAUGUGACAUCUCUCUCGUGUCAAUAGACUUUCGGUGCACUAAUGUUUCUUCCACCAUUGACUUCUCUUUGUCGAUGGUCAUGGGAGAUGACAUGGUCAAGGUGGUGGCCUGGUACGAUAAUGAUUGGGGAUACAGCCAACAGGUGGUUGAUUUGGCACAUCUGGUGGCAAGCAAGUGGCCAGACAUGCCUGUGCAAGGGAGCGGAGACCCAUAUUAG